GUUUUCUCUGUGUCAAAACAAAAAACCUCUGCUCAUUACCUUAUAAGAACAGCUAGACGAAAGAGAAAGCCGAGGAAAAAAAAUGGCAAAAGCUGCAGCUUGUCAUGCUUCUUUUACUUCAUUUUCUUCUUCUUUUCAUAAAUUUUUGACUCCAAGAAAACCCAUAGUAGCAGUUGGUUUUUUGCUUUCCUUUUCACCGAGAGUUCACACUCUAUCUUCAACUUUUCCUUCCCUUGCCAUCAGACGAAAACGACCCAACAACUCUUUUCAAGUAAGAUCUGUGGCUGCUCCUGCAGAAGAUGUUGCAGGGUUUGAAGACAUGGUUUCUGGGACCCAACGUAAGUAUUAUAUGCUAGGUGGCAAGGGGGGUGUAGGAAAGACAAGUUGUGCUGCUUCACUGGCAGUUAAAUUUGCAAAUAAUGGACACCACACUUUGGUGGUUUCAACUGAUCCAGCACAUUCCUUGAGUGAUUCUUUUGAUCAGGAUUUGACUGGAGGAACACUAGUACCAGUUGAAGGACCUGACUUUACCUUGUUUGCUCUUGAGAUAAACCCAGAGAAGGCUAGGGAAGAAUUUCGAGAUGCAACUAAGAACAAUGGUGGAACCGGGGUCAAAGAUUUCAUGGAUGGCAUGGGCCUUGGGAUGCUUGCAGAACAGUUAGGAGAGCUGAAACUGGGGGAACUACUUGACACGCCACCUCCUGGUUUAGAUGAAGCUAUCGCAAUUUCAAAGGUGAUGCAAUUUCUUGAAUCUCCACAAUAUAGCAUGUUUACUCGAAUAGUGUUUGACACUGCACCAACGGGACACACACUGCGACUUUUGUCAUUGCCAGAUUUCUUGGAUGCAUCAAUAGGCAAGAUAUUGAAGCUUAGACAGAAGAUAGCUUCAGCCACCUCAGCCAUCAAAUCUGUUUUUGGGCAAGAAGUAACCCGUCAAAAUGCUGCUGACAAGUUGGAGCGUCUGAGGGAGAGGAUGGUAAAAGUGAGAGACCUUUUCCGUGACUCAGAUUCAACAGAGUUUGUCAUAGUGACAAUUCCCACGGUGAUGGCAGUUAAUGAGUCAUCUAGACUACGUGCCUCCUUGGAGAAGGAAAAUGUUCCUGUCAGGCGACUUAUUGUUAAUCAGAUUCUUCCUCCAUCUGCCUCUGACUGCAAGUUUUGUGCAGUGAAAAGAAAGGAUCAGAUGCGUGCCCUUGAUAUGAUUCGAAAUGAUCCAGAGCUAUCCAGCUUGAAGUUAAUCCAAUGUGUGAUACUAGAAAGUGUUCUUUAA